GACAGCGACUCUCAUUUACUGCACAGGCUAGUCGGUCCUCUUGGAGAGAGGGAGAAGUAUACUAGAAGGAUAGUCUUCCCCUUCUUCUUCGGCGGAGGUCUAGGGUUUUACCGGUACGACUGGCGAAGAAUGGCGCCGAUUGGGAAGACGAAGCUGGAUUCGGGGUGGUUAGCGGCGAGAUCGACGGGGAUUGACCUCACCGGAAUUCAGCUCACCACCACUCACCCUCCCUCCGGCCCCGAUUUGCCUUGGAUGGAGGCUGUUGUCCCUGGAACUGUUUUGGCAACCCUUGUUAAAAACAAACUCGUGCCCGAUCCCUUCUAUGGGUUGGAAAACGAGUCAAUCAUAGAUAUUGCUGAUUCAGGGAGGGAGCAUUACACGUUUUGGUUCUUCACAACUUUCCAAUGCAAGCUGUCAGGAAACCAGCACGUGGAUAUAAAUUUCCGGGCAAUUAAUUACUCUGCAGAGGUGUAUUUAAAUGGUCACAAAAGAAUCCUGCCCAAGGGGAUGUUUCGAAGACAUUCUCUUGAUGUCACAGAUAUUCUGCAUCCUGAUGGUGAAAAUUUGCUUGCUGUUCUAGUUCACCCUCCUGACCACCCAGGGAGGAUUCCUCCUGAGGGGGGCCAAGGGGGUGACCAUGAGAUUGGCAAAGAUGUUGCCGCUCAAUAUGUUGAAGGAUGGGACUGGAUUAUUCCUAUAAGGGAUAGGAAUACUGGCAUCUGGGAUGAGGUAUCAAUAUAUGUUACUGGGCCUGUGAAAAUAGUGGAUCCCCACUUGGUUUCAUCAUUAUUUGAUAAUUACAAAAGGGUAUAUUUGCAUACCACCACCGAAUUGGUUAAUAGAAGUGCCUGGGUUGCUGAAUGUUCUUUAAAUGUCCAAGUGACAACAGAACUUGAGGGAAGUAUUUUCUUGGUCGAACAUCUUCACACAGAGCAUGUUUCCAUCUCUCCCGGAGCAUCUGUUCAAUAUACAUUUCCUCAGCUAUUCUUCUACAAGCCUAAUCUAUGGUGGCCAAAUGGUAUGGGAAAGCAAUCCUUGUAUGAUGUUGCAAUUAGCCUUGAUGUAAAGGGAUUUGGAGAAUCUGAUUCGUGGAGCCAACAUUUUGGUUUUCGCAAAAUUGAGAGCCAUAUUGAUAGUGUGACUGGUGGAAGAUUGUUCAAGGUCAAUGGGCAGCCAGUUUUUAUCCGUGGAGGUAAUUGGAUAUUAUCAGAUGGGUUACUCCGUCUUUCAAAGAAACGUUACAAGACAGAUAUCAAGUUUCAUGCAGACAUGAACUUAAAUAUGAUACGCUGCUGGGGUGGUGGACUGGCUGAGAGGCCAGAGUUCUAUCACUACUGUGAUAUUUAUGGUCUGCUGGUGUGGCAAGAGUUUUGGAUAACUGGAGACUGCGAUGGACGAGGUGUCCCUAUAUCCAACCCAGAUGGUCCUCUGGACCAUGAACUUUUCUUGCUCUGUGCAAGAGACACUGUGAAGCUUCUGAGGAAUCAUCCUAGUCUUGCUCUUUGGGUAGGGGGAAAUGAACAAGUUCCACCCAAAGAUAUCAACAAAGCUUUGAAAAAUGAUCUGAAACUUCACCCAUUUUUUGAAAAUUCAACUGAAAAUGGUAAUGUAAAAGAAGAAAUUUUCCCAGUGCUGAAGGGUGCUAAUAUUACCGCAGAGCCAAAGGAUCCUAGCCAAUAUCUUGAUGGUACUCGCAUUUACAUCCAGGGAUCCAUGUGGGAUGGCUUUGCAAAUGGGAAAGGAGACUUCACUGAUGGCCCUUAUGAAAUUCAGUACCCUGAAAGCUUUUUUGAGGAUGAGUUUUACAAGUAUGGAUUCAAUCCUGAGGUUGGUUCAGUGGGAAUACCUGUGGCUGCCACUAUCAGAGCCACAAUGCCUCCAGUGGGUUGGCAAAUUCCAUUAUUUAAGAAGGUAGACAACGGCUAUGUAGAAGAAGUUCCAAAUCCCACAUGGCAGUACCAUAAGUACAUUCCUUACUCAAAACCAGGUAAGGUGCAUGAUCAGAUUUUAAUGUAUGGCACCCCUAUGGAUCUUGAUGAUUUCUGUCUCAAGGCUCAACUAGUUAACUAUGUUCAGUACAGAUCUCUGUUAGAAGGCUGGACUUCCCGCAUGUGGAGCAAAUACACUGGUGUUCUGAUUUGGAAAAAUCAGAACCCUUGGACAGGCCUUAGAGGUCAGUUCUAUGAUCACCUCCACGACCAAACUGCAGGGUUCUAUGGUUGUCGCUCUGCAGCAGAACCAAUUCAUGUCCAGCUGAAUCUUGCAACUUAUUUUAUUGAGGCAGUCAACACAACAUCGGAGGAACUAUCAGACGUAGCUAUAGAAGUGUCUGUGUGGGAUUUGGAGGGAGCGUGUCCAUACUACAAAGUUUAUGAAAAACUUUCUGUACCAUCUAAAAAAACAGUUCCUAUUUUUGAGUUGAAGUAUCCAAAGUCCAAAAACGCAAAGCCGGUCUACUUUCUUCUUCUCAAGCUCUAUACUAUGUCAGACUAUGGCAUUUUAUCCAGGAACUUUUACUGGUUACAUCUGUCUGGUGGGGAUUACAAACUAUUGGAACCAUACAGGAAGAAGAAAAUACCUCUGAAGAUAACAUCCCAGGCUUUCAUUCGAGGGUCAACAUAUGAAAUCCGCAUGCAUUUGCAGAACAAAUCAAGGAAGCCAGGAUCGAAAAAUCUACUGUACAAGAAUAUUUGCACCGGAAGAAAUGGUGAAGGCGACUGUGAUAUGGCUUCCCUUGAACCCGUACAUAGAAAGAUAGAGCAAAAGCAGGAGGGUGGCUUAAUUCAGAGCAUCUGCAAGUCCUUCUCAAGGGAAACCAAUGGUUUGAGGGUUGCAGAGAUUAACGGGACCGAUGUUGGAGUUGCUUUCUUUCUACAUUUCUCUGUUCAUGCUUCAAAGAAGGAACAUAAGGAAGGCGAAGACACCAGGAUUCUUCCUGUUCAUUAUUCCAACAACUAUUUCUCGCUUGUACCAGGUGAGGAGAUGCCCAUUACUCUCUCUUUUGAGGUCCCUCCAGGUGUUACCCCUCGAGUUACACUUAAUGGCUGGAAUUAUCAUAGCGGGCAUCACAUUUACUGAACCUCCUAAAACUAUGUAUUUCUAUUGGUGUAAAGUAUCCAUCCAUCCAGCCGCCUCACGAGCAUUCCAAGCCUUGGAAACGGUGCUGUAAACUCCUAACUUUGCGGUUACAGCUCCUGCUGAAACGUCUGCUGUGAUAUAUAGCAUCCGAGGUAACUUGAAUCCAUCUCCUCUAACACGAGCUAGACUUUGAACAAUGGUUCAGCUUGGUGAAAACCUACUCCGCAUGUGUUCUAUGCGCAAGUUCUGAUCUGAAGCGUAGAUGAACUUUCCUAGCGACACAAGGAUGGUGUUAUUUGCACAUUCUUCAAUAAUUCCCUCAUCUGAGUUGUUAUUUUGAAUCAGAUUUAAAUAAGUGGUUCAAAUUUGUGCAAAAUAAACUAUUGUGAUGUGUCGUGUAACAUUAAUGGUGUGUGCCAUAAGAGAUCACAUUUUUACUCUCUUCA